AUGACCUUGCCGCAGGAACCUCACUAUUCGAGCAGUCCUCGGGUAGGCUCUUUUAAGCGUCCCUCAGUGCUCAGUCCCGACACCGAUCCGAAUCCCUUCGCUACGAGAGGCAAUGGCGCCUUGGUCUCGCUCAUUCGAAACCGCUCCAAUGUCACAUUGCGCGAGUCUCUCAAGAGUCCCGCCUACCACCAGCUGGGACAUGACGAUGAAGAAGACCACGAGAAUGCCUCACUGCUGGGCUUCCUGCAUCACUCGGAUGACGACCACCACCGAUCCGCCGCCGAGGAGCGCCGCCUCAGCGAACUCAUCUUCGGCCCUCAGAUGAGGAGCAUGCGCCUUAUCGGAAACAGCAACCCGCGCUACCAGUGGGAGCGCUACUGGAAGACCGAAGCCGAGCUGGAGGCCAUGCCAAAGCAUAUACGCGAAUACUAUAAGAGAAACAACGAUCUGAUUCGCAUGUAUCUCUACAUUGACCAGCUGCUGGAUUCAUCCGUGCCCCACGACCUUCUCAACGAGUACCACCAAGCUCUCGACGCCUCGGCCUACCGUCCCGUCGACGUGCCCCAGACCAUCACCGAGGAGUCUUCAACGCCAUCUUCACCACCCUCGCGCGGCGCCCUCGCCUACGGCACAACCAGCAACCCUGCCUCGGUCCAGAACAGCAGCACGGAGCAGAAUAGUUCGGCAAACAGCAUACAGCAAAAGGCGAAGCGCAACCCCAAGGACAUUUUUCGGUCCACCGAGUCCACCCCACUUCUCAACGGCGCAGAUGAGGAGGAAGGUUUAGCCGAUCAGCCCAAGCCCGAGAUCCCUUGGCUCGAGGAUGGCGACCUUGACAGUAGCGAUCCCAUCGUCACCCUCGCCAUCUGGGUCAACUUUGUUGCCAACGCCGCCCUGCUCCUCGGAAAAAUCCUCGUCGUCAUUUCUGUCCCCUCCGUCUCCGUGCUUGCCAGCUUGGUCGACGCCCUCCUCGACUUCCUUAGCACCGCCAUUGUAUGGACUACAACCCGACUCAUCGCCGCUAGCCAGAAUGAUCAGCACUCUUACCCCGUGGGUAGACGACGUCUCGAGCCUCUUGGCGUGCUCGUCUUCUCCAUCAUCAUGGUCACAUCGUUUUGCCAGGUCGGCCUGGAGGCCAUCAACCGUCUCAUGUCCCCCGACCGUGAAAUCGUCCAACUAGGCAUCCCUGCUAUUUCCAUCAUGGUGGGCACCGUGGUCAUCAAGGGUUUAUGCUGGCUUUGGUGUCGUCUCAUCAGGAACUCGAGCGUUCGUGCCUUGGCCGACGAUGCCAUGACCGAUGUCAUCUUCAACACUGGCUCCAUUCUGUUCCCCAUCGUCGGCUAUUUCGCCAGAAUCUGGUGGCUCGACGCCCUCGGCGGUCUCCUUUUGUCGCUUGUUGUCGUUGUCAACUGGAGCCAGACCUCGGCGCACCACGUCCGAAACUUGACGGGUUUCUCGGCGACAUCGGACGAGAGAAAUCUCCUGCUCUACCUCACCAUGCGCUUCGCCACGUCCAUCAGGCAGAUCCAGAACCUCCGGGCCUAUCAUGCGGGCGACAAGCUCUUCGUCGAGGUCGACAUCGUCCUUGACGCCAACAUGCCGCUCAAGGACAGCCACGACCUGAGUGAGGUCCUGACCUACUUCCUCGAAUCGGUGCCCAUUGUCGACCGCGCCUUUGUGCAUGUCGACUAUGCGACGUACAACGUCGACACGCACAUCAACCAAUGA